UUAGAAAAGGCCAAAACGCGCUCUUGCCAUGCCCUCUCGUGGAGCCAUCCCUACUCCGAUCGGCCCCCUCCACCAUUUUGCAGCCGCCUUCUCUGCCUCUCUCCCGUGCCCCCUUUUUCUGCAGCAUAUAAGUGAAAUCGGUGUCUCCCCCAGACGGGGGAGUGUCGAUCCAUCGUUCCAGAUCGUCGCACCAAAGACAUGGGUCGCCCAUCACCAGGGUGAGGAACUGCUCCAGGGCUUUGACACGUCCCGAGCUCUCCGACCCUUUGUGAUGAUUGGCAAUGCCCGUCAGACCAAGCUGAAGCCGGGAAGGUAAAGUGGGCAGCAGCAGGAAAGGGAACUUGGCCUCUAGGGUCGCUCUUAGAGUCUCGAAAUCAGCCCAUGUCUUGAACAGUCGCCUGGUCUGUGUGUCGACCUUCAUCUCGAUGGCAUAUCGACAACCACGGUAGGGGAGGUGCUGUCGAGGGCUGCGUGGAGUGUCUUCUGCUGCGUUUGUUGAAGGAUAGACAUGUCUCGGAGAGUGCGAGGGCGUAGGCAGUGAGGAGUCGCUUGUGUCCGUCGCUCGUCUGGAGCGUCUCGAUGACACGUCUCCAGCGAUCUCCGUGACAACAAUGUUGCUGACGAAGUGGUUACGGCGCCUGAACGUGUGCAAAUCAGAUAUACGGAAGAGACAAGACGGCAACACGAAGCGUUGUGCCAUACCAGGUGCCCUGAUAGUAGUAUGCCUUGACGAGGUAAUCGAUGUGCGCCGGAUUCGGCGCGUUGACGAACGCCAGCAGAGCAGCGGGAGACGUCUCCCCGACAGCAUUCAGAAAUCCCUGCAUGUCGUCUCUCCUUCUCUCCAUUUGCUUGUCAAACCGCACGUAUCUCCCACUCCCGCACGGCGGCCGCGCAAACAGCCGCCGAAAUUGCCCCAUCUCACUUUUUCCUUCUACGCUGGGCCCGCCAUCUCUUACGCUUCGCCACAGCUCAGCAAAAUCUGUCCAUCUCUUGCCAACACAUUUGAGACUGAGCCUGUCCGGUCCGACAAGUCUUACAACGAAGACCUCGAAGAGCCGUCGUGUCAUCGCUUCUUUGAGCAGGAGGGGCUGACUGUCCAAUUCGACAUUCACUUUGGCGAACAGCAUACAGGCGUGGUUGUUGACCUUGUCGAACUUUGUUUGACCUUGUCUACCACACCGAUCUCCUGUGCACUCGCUCUCAUUGUCCUCUCCUCCUCUCGUUGGUGAGACUGGCUUCUUCCCAAGUGAGGCUUUGUGCUCGUCAUCCUUAACGGGCGCAUGGCGGGGCUGGCUGUCAGUGAGAAGGAAGGAGCUUCCAAUGUCCGCCAAAUCCAGCUCUGUAACGGCCACGGCAAAACAAGGAUGAGACGAGAUAUUCAUGUUCCCAUCGGCUUACCUCCGAUCGACGAUGGACAUGGCCUGAUCAACACCGAGCUGGUCGAAAGGAAGGAUGGCAUCGUGAGGGGCAGCGCGGCUUCCCCAUUCAUGUCGUCAUCAUCGUCGGCACUCGACAACUCCCCUUGCUCAUCAUCCUCCGAAAAGACCCCAGGGCUCUCCUUGACCCGACCUGCAGCUCGUGUGUGGUGUGUGAAUGCCGGAUGGCUGGCGAGGGCGGGGGACGAGAGAUGUUUGGGCAGUGGGGGCGAAGGAGAUGAAUGGCAAGGGGGGCUUGGCGGUCCCGCUUGGUCGUGUCUCCGAUCAUUCCCCACGCACACCUCCCUCACGACCAGCGGUGAUGGAUCUCCGUUGUCCCCUUCAAGCUCCUCCGGGACCGUGGUGAAGGCACUCACUCGGCCAAAGUGGCUGCAAGUUCUCUCACCCUCAUCCAUAGCUCUCUCGACAUCACGGCUUUCUAGAGGCAGCUGCGUCAUCAUGGUGGCUUUCCCUGUCGACCUCUUUAGCUCCGUCACCCAUCGAUCGCGCCCAGCGACAGAUCCAGCCCUGAAGUAGAGAGGCGCCCUCAGAUGCGUCUGGCCGAUGCUUGGAGGGAGACCAUGGCCGCUGAGCAGCUCUUGUGUCGGUUCAUCCUUCUGGCUGGAUUGGCCCCUUGAGAUGGGAAGCGGGUCAGGGGGUGGCGGUGCGGGGACAAUCUCAAAACCUUCAGGACAGACGGCGGCGAGGGCUGACGCCUCUGGCGAUGCAUCGCGGUCCUGAAGUCACAGAUGCGGGGAUGACUGCAUUUUGGUUUAGUGUGUCUCUCCACAAAUGUUUCGUUGUACGGUGAAGAGAUGGAUCGAUGCCCCGAUGAGCGGGAUCUCCGUGAGAGGCGCGCCCUCGACAGGCGACUGGUACGUCAGAGUGUCUUUCGAUAUGCAACAAAAUGUCUGCUGCCAGGCUUUCGCAAUCCCGCACCUGACCGCCAGACACCGCACAGAAACACCACAUCUCUCGUAUUACGGGACAUCCACUUAGCUGUCGUCACCGGUUCACCUUUUGUCCAGCCAUCCCUGAAACCCCUGCGCCCAUGACCUGUCUCUGGCGUCUCGACCUCUUUUGCCGAUCAGACCGAAAGCCCUCCUCUGAUGCGCCAAUGGGGUGAGCGGGCCUCGCAAAUGUCCCUCAUCUCUCCCUGCUUCAUUUGGUGCCGGAAAUGAAAUACAUGGGCGUCGAGGAGUCGUCUCAGAUGUCCCGGAGCUGACCUCAGAUGGUGCAUCACCAGGACGGCUCUCCGAUGCUCGGAGUUUAGAAGCCACUUCAGAUAGACAGAUACAUAGGCAUACAAUGCAAUGCUGGAGGCAUAGAUGUCUCUUGCCUACAAAUGUCAGAAGACAGGGAAGUCAGCGCCUUGCUCGCUCCUUUGUGCGUGUGGAAGCGUGGCCGCAGACUCUCUGAGUCAGCUCGUGGCGGGCCUCCAACGUCUUCCAGCAAUAUCUGCCGCAGUGCAGCUUUCCGGUGGCGAUGAUGGCGCCUGCCGUGCCGUCGAGUGGUGGCGCGGUCAGCCCGGAAUAAAUGAUACCUUCAGGCAUGGAUAGAUUCGUAUAAGCGGGAACAUAACCACACCAAAGUGCCAUUACCAGUUUCCAAACGCGUCGGAGGGCGCCGGCGAAGUGCGUGAGUCGAGAGACGGGUCUCCAGUUGCGAGUCCGGCCUCAAUGGCCUCUUGGUACAUCACAUCGAUCGCCUGUAGUCAAUGUCUCGAUCGUCUAUUUAGGUGUCUGUGCUGCAUAGUGUCUGUGUCUCACGUACCUGGAAGUUUGGGGCUCUUCGCGGCGACAGUGGGACAACGCUCGGGCGCCGGACGACAAUCACAGUCCAGUCACCGUCGUCGGGAAACGCCGCAAGGAUACCUGUGGAUGACAGUCAGUCAUUUCCUGCAUCUCAUUGCCCAGAAAAGCCCUGUAUGUCUCUCACCGAUGAGGACAGCCGCGAUGGAGCCAACCAGCGUUGCGAAAACGCCGCACUGGCGAAGCCACUGCGGCACGCUCUUCGCAGUCGGGACGUGAUUGUGGUGGUGCGACGAAGCGGGAAGGCCAACUUCAACUAAUGCAUAAAACCACGCCAGGUGAACAAAGGCCUGGACCGCCCAAAACACGCGGGGAGCCUGAUGAGAGCACACAAGACGUGCGCCAGCGCAUGUGUGUCUCCCCACGUGUGUCUUCGCUUGUUUUUGUACGAUGGUCUUUGAGACACCAUCCUUGACAACCCAGAGAAAACACAGCGCCUGACACGCGAGAAGUGAAUCAAUCGAUAUCCAUUCAUACUUAACAGAGCGGAUGCCGCCCCUUCUGCGUACCCACAGUGCGACUUGCAGCAUAACUGACAUGUUGGUAUCGAACGCGCCCCAACCAACGGCGGGGCUCCCAAACACGACCACACGAAGCUGCAACGACACAAAUGACAUGUCUGCCGUGAUGUGGACGGACGCUUUUAUGUACCUACCAAGAGAGCAGCGGAUGCGAUGGCCAUGAAGAGGGUGAGUCGCAGAUACCGCCGCCCGAGACAAAAGUACUGGAGGACGUACACAUGCCUGCACACACCACGGCCGACACACAGAUAGGACGCUGCUGUGCCGGCCAUGCAUCUCAUGUGCGGCUUUCGUCUGUGCCUGCUUUGGUGGAUGAGAAGUGCAAAGAGGAUGACGCCCAGCAGGUCGGCUGGGAUGCACACGAGGAAGCUGACCUCACAAAAAGACAGGCUGAGCCACUGCUGCGAACAAGAGAGAAAUCGAUGAGUCCGCUUCUCUUGCAAUGUGCACUGUCGUGACCCGGCUUACAAAUGGCCCUGUGCAGAGCAGCCCUGUCAU